AUAACUCACCAUCACCUCCUCCACCUUCACAUAAAGAAUGUCGUCUUUUCAUGCCCUAUUUGGUGAAUCCCUUGAUUCUAUACCUCAAUUGCUGACCCGAUUGUGUCAAACCAAGUCCCAAACGAAAAUCCACCCUGAUCUUCAAGAAGAUCUAAUCACAACCCUUUUGAACUUGUCGAUUAAUGAUAGUAAUAAAAAGCUUGUUGCAGAGACGCCAAUGGUUAUCCCUUUGUUACUAGAUGCAUUAAGAUUUGGGACAAUUGAAACUAGAACAAAUGCCGUUGCAACCCUUUUCACUUUAUCAGCUCUUGAUUCUAAUAAAUCCGUAAUUGGGAAAUCCGGUGGUUUGAAACCGUUGAUUGAUCUUUUGGAAGAGGGACAUCCACUGGCAAUGAUAGAUGUUGUUUCCGCUAUCUUUAACCUGUGCAUUCAACACGAAAAUAAAGCUAGAGCUGUGAGGGAUGGUGCUGUAAGAGUGCUUUUGAAUAAAAUUAAGAAUAGAGUUCAUGUCAGCGAGUUACUGCCGAUUCUUGCCAUGCUUUCCAGCAACCAGAAAGCUGUUGAGGAAAUGGGAGAUCUUGGGGCUGUUUCUUGUUUGCUGACUUUAAUAAAAGAAACAAAUUGUGCCCGAAAUAAGAAGACUGGACUGAAAAAGAGGAUGGAGAAGAAUAUCGUGGUGGUGGAGGUAGUUGCAGGUUGUGAAGGUGGAGGAGGUGAUGCUGUUAGAGUUGGGGUUGAAGAAGAUGAGAUCAAGAAGUCUCACAAGUCGCUCGGUUUCAAGUCCCUAACAAGUAGCAACUCACAUCACGUUUCUAUCUCGGUUGCUAGAAAUCUUGUUGUUGAUGUUGUGAUCGUUUUUACGGGUUGCAUAGUUACUAGGGUUCGAGUCUUGUAUAAGGUUGGGUUGAAUCUUGCUGAUUUUGAUGAUGUAGAUGAUGAAGAGAUUGACAUUUCUGAUUACCUUUCAAGCUUAUUGCUGAGCAAACUAAGAGGGGUUUUGGCUGCGGAAAGGGUUUUAAAUGGUGGGAAUUUUGUGGGUUUGGAGCAGGUUAAAGGGUCUAUGGUCAAUUAUAUGCCAAAAGUUUUGAUGGUUCUUAAGGUUUUGAAGGAACAGGGGUUGAUUUUGGCUGCACUUUUUGGUUUGUCUGCUUUUUAUUUCUAUGACUGA